AGACAGCCAGUAUCAAGAUACAGAAAUAGAGGCAUGUUGUAGAACAUUUGUUGACAGGCGUUCACAAUGAGUUUGGAGUGACCUCCCGUGACAACUGCUCUUCAAGCCCUGGAUAGCAAAAACGUUCGGAAUGGAAAAUGGCAGAGAAAGAUGUUGUUCGGAUAACUUUUAAGGAGAUUGAAAGCAUCGUCAGAAGUUCCAAGGAUGAUGGUCAUGGAGUGCAAGGUAAUCAUGCAAAAGAAGGCAGAUCCAGUAGGCGCCACAGAAGAUCCAAACGUCCAGAACAAGCUAUUUACCGACCAGGACAACUGCGAUUAAGUAAAAAAGAGAAAGAAUCACCAUAUGAUGAAGAGGGAGCUAAUGUAGGCUAUAAACAAGAGGAAGAGAACUGGGAUUUGGAUGCAGAUACUGUUACAGCAAAAGACUUUUCUGGCACAACAGAUGAAGACAGCAGUCGCGAUAGCAAAGAGAACAGUGUAGAUAAAGAACUAGAUGGGGUGAGAGAGAGUUUAAAACCUGUGUCAUCUUUUAACUCUGCUGUACAAAGAGACAAAGAUAAGGGUGGGAAGAGAAGAGGAAAACGACCCGAUAUUCAGAUCUACGUUCCAAAGGGCCGCCUACAGGAACAAGAGAUUCAUCACGAGGAUGAGCAUGAAGGAGAAAACAGAGGGUCUGUUGACUGGUCUGUGCCAAACAGUGAAAGAGUAUGUGAGUCCCCAGUCCCCAAACCUUCCUUGGAAUCUUCAGAAAGAAUAGCUUCACCCGUAAACAAUGAACCCAGUAACAGUCCACGCAAAGUUGACUUGAAUUCACGCUUUGGUGCCUUGCAAGUGACAGUGGUGGGGGAACGGGCUUCACCAACAAGCUCUACCCCUCAAGAAGGCAACCUUCAUAAUCACACUGCAGAACUCAGCAAAAGAUCUGGGCAAAGACAUAAACAGUCUGCAGGUGGUUUUGGUUCAGACCGUAGUGGAAGGAAAGUCUGGGAAGACCAGAACCAUGAGAGAAAUAAAGGAAAUGAGGCAUUUGGUGAUGGUGAGACACGGAUUCAGGGUCUGGACAUGCAGACAAAAGAAGAACAAAAGGGAAGUGUAAAAGAGAGGGGUGGACAUGAAUCUGGCAGGUAUUCUAAAGACAGGGAGGAGGCAUCCUGGAGAGGGGGUUUCAGUCGAGGAGAUGGCGAUGUCAUGAAGCAUCAGGACCGGGACCACCAUGGAAAGGUACGAGACGACUACAGGCCUGGCAUGGGCAGGGGCCGCCAAAGACAUCUUGGCUACCAGCGAUCGAGUUCCAAUGAAUCUCUCACAAAAUCUCUGGACAUGGGACAGCGAGGCAGCCCGUGGCCAGAUCGAACAACGCAGCAGAGUGGCACCUUCCCACGAGCAAAAGGAGCAGGCAAACAUCACCGUGUAAGUGGGGGUGGCAAAGAAGCAGUGGGAAUGGAACGGGGUCAAGGGACAAAACACUCAUUCUCUGCCAUGAGGCGUCAACGUGAGCGAUCUGGCAGUGUGAGUAGUGACACCAGUGGUGGGAGUGACCUUAGCUGGGAGGAUCUGGAGGCUGAGAUGGAAGAAUCAGCAGCUGACAAACCUGACUGGCAUACUCAGGUUGAGCAGCACCUGGAACAGGUGGCUCGCCAGGUACAGGACUCAACCCAGCGUCUAACGGAUAAUAUUGAUAAUAACUUUGAUCCUCUCAACAAAACCACUGAUGCCAGUGACUGGCGGCCACAGCAGCAGUCCUCCGGUCAGCCAGGAGGCUUGAACCGCAAUUUGUCUGCCUCUAGUGACCGCAUCUUCUCACAGGAAUACAGAGGACGAAGAAAAGACAGACGACGACGAGGCUCAAGAUCCAAAAACUCGAGCCGCGACUCCAGCAUCCACAGUAAUCCUCAUGAUGAUGACAUGUGGCCAUCAGAAGAAAAGAAGCCACCCCGUAGACGAAAUCGCAGGCGGCACUCGUCAGCAGGACCUAGUGGCCGAGUAGGAACUGUUGAGGGUCAGCGAGCAGCAGAGAGCUUAAGAAUUUUGGUGGGCAAGAACAAAGACAAACGGCAAGUCAUGGUGGAUGGUAAAACAGGCAAUGAUGGGGAUGGACAGCGGCGGCAACGACAGUCCAGUGGAUCCGAACCUCAUAAGAAAAUGGGUGAUCAGGCUCACAGGGAGAAGCGUGGAGAGUUCGGUGGCAGUGCUGGCAAAGGAAGGGGUCACCAUGGACCUGACCGGUGGAAACAUGAAGGAGGUCAAGGCUACAACCUGCAGCACAGUGACGAGAGAAAGGGACCUUUUCACGCUCACCAUAAUCUUGACUCCAAGGCUUUCAGUGCUAGUGGUCAGCAGCAACCAGGCAGGUAUGCACCAUCCCCAGGUGUGAGUUCAGACAUUUCACAUGCACCAUCAGCACCUCGCACUGGAGGCCUGAUAAAAUUACCCUCAGAACCCCAGUCUGACAGGCCUUUUGACAGCCAGUCUGUUUACAGCCAAGGAGGAGGCCAUGGAGGUCAGGGCGGAGGCUUCCCUCAGGGUGCAGGGUUCCAUCAUUACCCACCUGCAGAUGACUGGUUUCGGCGUGCUCCUGGUCAGGGGCAUGCAGGGGCACCAGAGCGACGUCUGUAUGAUCCCAAGAACCCUAGCAAACCCAUUGUGGUGCCAGAUUCCCGCCCUUUGAAGUUCCAUGAUCCAGAGGAAACUCUGUCUCCACAAGAGAGUUUCACCCCACCACCCAUGGCUCACAGUCCAGGACCUGCAGGGUCGCCUGCUAUGGGCCACACCUUCGCCCCUUUCUUUCCUCCUCACCCAGGCUUCAUGUACCCACCUCCUCACAUGCCCCUGCCACACUAUCCCGCUUUUCCUCAUCCUCCGCCACCUGCGCAUCCCAUCUUCUAUGGUUUCCAGCUACCUCGUGCCACCAUGGAAAAUGGUUCCUUCCAUGAAGAGGGAUAUUUCAGCAGGGAAAUUGAACAAGUCUCGGGUAUGUCACGAGCUCAGUGUCGUCUCAUGGCUGAACAGAUUCUAAGGGACACUGCACCACUUGACUGCCAGCUGGGCAACAUCCUGUCACGAGGGCAGCUAGGAGAGGAUGGAGAACGUCGAGUCAAACAGCUCAGACAAGAGCUCCAGAGGCGACUGGAGCGUGUGAUCUUGCUGGAUAUUGAUGUGGCCAAUCAGCAUGGAGUGGAACAGCAGCUUUGGAGAUCGGUCUUUUACAAUGUCAUAGAGGGGCUGCGUCACCAGGUCACAGAAAAUACUCCCAAUGACUCACCUGUCAGACACGCCCUUACAGAAAUACUUGAUGAGGGUGCUACAUUCUAUGAGGCUUUGCUCAACAAGCUUCAAGAAACUUAUUCCUUCAACUUAGACUCUGUGCUGGAAGAUGGGUCACAUGGUAUGGAUGGAGCAGGAAGAGGGGUACGCCUGGCAGUGCUGAGUGCUCAACGUACUAUGAUGUUCCUGGGAGACAUUGCUCGUUAUCGUGAACAGGCACUGCACUCAGCUAACUAUGGCAAAGCCAGACACUGGUACAUGCGGGCUCAGAAGCUUGCACCAAAAAAUGGUCGGCCAUACAACCAGUUGGCUAUUCUGGCCGUGUACACGCGACGAAAAUUGGAUGCAGUCUACUACUAUCAGCGUAGCCUUGCAGCCAGCAAUCCCAUCCUCACUGCACGGGAGAGUCUGAUGUCACUUUUUGAUGAAGUGCGGCGCAAGGAGGAAGCUGUAGAACAGAAGCGAUUAGAAGAGGCAAGGCGAAGACACAAACGACGACGCACACGAGCACAGGCACAGCCACGGGUUGAAGUGUGGGUUGCUCCUGAUGGUUCAAGUUCUCGAGAUCCUUUUGCUGACAGCAGUUCAGGAGAUGAUGAUCUAACAAGCCUGUCUGCUAUUGAGCUGAACAAACGCUUUGUCCUCACUUUCCUGAAUGUUCAUGGAAAGCUUUUUACCAAAAUCAACUUUGAAGUCUUUGUUGAGAGUGCAAGUCUGAUGCUGCAGGAGUGGCGGCUGUUGCUGCAGCACUCACCUGCUGUGGUGUCUGCCACUCGCCUGCUUCAGAUUAUGGCCAUCAACAUGUUUUCUGUGGACAACACUGCACUCAAAGAUGAGAGACUUGAAGCCAGCUGCCGCUCUUUGCUACAAGACCACGCUGUAGAGGUGGGGCUGGAUAUGUUUGGGAUCCUCGUUGCUCGAAUCACAGAACUAUUUGAAUGCCACUUGUCGAGCAAGCGGGACACGUCAUCGCCGGAGCAGCUGAGUGACGACCUGAGGCAGUUUCUGCCUGGGGUAAAGGUAUGGGUGGACUGGAUGAUGUGCCACUCAUCACUGUGGAAUCCACAACCCUCCAUUCGCCCACCAGACAUAGGCCCACAGGUGGAUGUUUGGCACAAUGUAGCCCGAUUGUGCAACACCCUGAAGCAGGUUGACACAAGCCACAUUAUUCUCUAUCGGGACAAACGCGAGGGCUGUGAACCAUUAGUCCUUAUGGAGGAUUCAAUGAUGGCUGGAUUUGUGCCGCUUCUCAGUGCUCCUGUAGACAUGGUAUUUGUGCGGCCAGAUGUUGAUAAGGAAUGUGCACAGGAUUGCCUGCGUGUGGAGAAGAUUGUCCUGUUUGGGGAAUACCUCUGUGGCAUUGAACCUCCAAUGCUGGCAUUUGAUGUGGAAAGAGGCCGCUACUACUCUGUGGCUCCAGCACCAGUCCGUUCAGAGGAAAAGCUUGAUGCAAGUGAUGAAGAAGCAAACAUAGAGCAGUCUGAUGAUGUGAUUGUGGAGAGCGAGGAGUCAGGUGAAGAUGGAGAUGAGGUGCCAGAAGAAACAAUACAGAAGCUGAAGGCCUUGAAGGCAGAGCUGAGUCGAAAGGUAGAGGACCAGGAGCGUGACAGAAACACAAUACAGACCAUGUUAGAUGAAAAUCGACAUGCCAAGUUGGAACUUGAAGUGCGACCACACUUUCUAGUGGCUGACACAAACUGCUUUAUCGACCACCUGUCCCCUCUCCGCAACUUGCUGGCAGCUGGGUCCUAUGUUCUAGUUGUACCACUUGUAGUAUUAAAUGAGCUGGAUGGUCUGGCUAAGGGAAGUCAUCAAGGCUCAGGUAGAGAUGGCAGCCGUGAGGAGGAGAGUCCGGAGCACAAGAGCAUGGUAAUGAGGCAUGCUGGGCAGGCCCUUGCAUUCCUUGAGUCAGAGUUUAAAGCUAAGAACUCUCAUUUGCGUGUGCAAACAUCCAAGGGCUCAGUUCUAGAAACCUUGGCUUUUCGCAGCGAGGAGGCUGACAACACUGGAAACAAUGAUGAUCUCAUCCUGUCCUGCUGUCUUCACUACUGUAAAGAUAUGGCCAGAGAUUUCAUGCCUCGUCGUGGCAAAGAUUCACCUGUCAGACUUUUCCGGGAUGUGGUGCUGUUGACUGAUGACCGCAACCUGCGUUUGAAAGCCCACACUUCAAACGUACCUGUCAAGGAUGUGCCUGCGUUUUGUCGGUGGAGCAAAAUCACUUGAAUGGGGCAAGCUACUCCAUCUGAAUUUGAGUCAACUCUAACUGCCUCUCUGCAGAUCGGCAGCAGCUGCUUUAUGCAUGCUUAGAGUUUUGAGCCACAACUGCAUCAGUGUGGUUGAGGAAGGGAAGCGUGCGGUGAAACUCUUGACCUGGCAGCUUUUGACAGUUUGUUUUGAUGUGCAAGCAUCGGUAAGAAGGUUUAGACUGAAGAAGGUAGAGUCUUUGUCUCAUCAGAAAUGCUGUACGUUCUCUUUCACAGUGUUCAAGGAGCUGUCAAUACCAAAUUCUGCAAAUAUUCUUUUACAGAAAAAUAAACAUUUUUCCACUUUAAGUCUUUUUGUACUAAACAAAUGGUCUUGUAGAAUACGUUAUCUGAUUUGAGAUAAUACCCUCUGAAUUACAGCAACAGAAAACCACCAGCUUGAUGGUGACCCUAUUUUGAAGUUAAAACUUGGUAUUAGAAGGGAAGGGCUGCGGGUAUAUAAUGUUCCUCUCUCUGCUUUUAUUAUGACCUGUUAGUGUAUAUAGUCUGAAGACUUCCAGAAUAAAUUAUUACACCUCAUAUUGCAAUGUGAAGAAGAGGAACUUGAAUGCAGGCAUGUUUAUUGAUGCAUGGUAUGUUCUUGGUGUUUUCUUUAUGCAGCAGUUAUAAUAUUCUUAAUGGGAGAGAUUGCAGGUGUCGGUUGUAGUGUCUGAACAUAUUUAUGUUCAUAUGCUUGCACCACAUCUACUUUUUAAUAUACACAUUAUUCCAGAGUUGAAACCUCAUUAAUUUUAAAAAUUUGCUUCUUUUGUUUGAGAGUACUAAUAAUGGGAACUGACUAUUAGCUUACAAGGGCUAAUAUAUCCUGUUGAUAUAUUAGCGUGGCAAGUUAGUUGUUUAGGAGUACUGGUAUUUAAACUGACAGUCAACUGAGGCAGACUAGUAUGGGAACUAUUACUUGAUUGUAUACUAAUGUGUGAGUUUUCUGGCAUACUAAUAAUUAAAAAAAGAUAAGUUGACUAAAGACUAGCUUUUGCUAGAGAACAUGGUGUCCCUUUAAUUAUUUUAUUAAAAUCAGAGGCUAAAAUGUAACCAAGAUCAAUGACAGCAAAAGGGUCAACAUUGUUUAAUGUUGUAAAGAGCCAUUGUUCAGUAUCCUGACAAUGACAUUAGAUAAUUUUGACAAAGAUACUGACCAUUGAUAAUACUAGUCUUCACUCAUUUUAAUGCUUCAUGUAACUUUUAGAACUCUGUGGAUUACUGACGACUUACUGCAUAACUCUGACUGCCGUUGCAUUAACCUGAAGUGGCCAAAGAUUGCAUGAUAACAAUAGUAGAACAGAGGGCUCAGGAUGUUAAAAUGAGCGUUGAAAAGAGAUAGCAGAUGGCUUAGUGGUUCAAGAAGUUGCACCUGAACCCGAACGCAUGCACACUUAAGCAGUUUGAUAUUAGUAUGAUACAACCCAGUUAACUCUCAGUUAGCCCAUUGUGUCAUGGUGUUGUGGUUAUCUAACUGUAGAGGCUGGAGAAAAGUGAGACAGCAAGACUCUAGCACAUCACUCCUCUGUAAUCAUAAGAUCAUGUGACUUACCCCUUUGAAUUUAAUGGUGUAUUCUAGAAAUAGACAAAACGGUCUUAGUCAUUGCAUCUGACAGCAGUUACUAGUAGUGACCAUCACAAAAGAACUGGAAUCUCACUGGUGAUAGAGAACUGAGGUCUUACAUUUCUGUAUGAAGCACAGGUUUCACCUUGUUAAGUAGAACUGAAACUGGUGUCACUGUAGAUAUUUGACUUCUCACAGUUUCUUACAGAAUAGAGCAUACAGAUCUUUGGUUGAUAUUGAUAUGAAGCACCAUAUUACAAAAUUAAGAUGAAAAACAAGUCAUUAAUGAACUGAAGAAUUUGCAUCAUGUAAGGUGUAAUCAAAAGCCUCUCUGAGUACAGUCUUAGUGGGGUACUCUUUGGCUAAAGAUUAGAAAUCUUUAAUCCAUUCAGCACCAGCAUGUUUCAGCAGAUUUCUGAUUUUGUUUCAUGUGAUGUCAGUGCAGUUCAUAAUGUGAUCUAGGUGAUGCAAUAAAGAGAAAUCUCAUCUACUAACCAGUUGCUCUGAAAAUUAUUAACAUAUGAAAAUGAAAUAAUUAGACAUGAAAAAUCAGUUCAUAUGCAUGGUAGACCAUUAGCCAUUUUGUAGUCAUGUGACCACAAAAUUUUAAAAGCCUAGUAAUUGAAAGUUGCCAUGAAAGGCUAAAUAGAAGAACUUUCCCAGCUCAACCCCCUCUUACAAAAAAAAAACCAACCCCAAAACAAAAUGGCCAUAAGAAAACUAAACCAGGUUUAUUUUUUGUAGCCAGAUACAUCAUGAAAUCUAUAUUUCAUAAAAAUUUGUGUCACUUUUUCACUGGGUGUUGCUUAGCCAACGUUUGAAGUGUUGUAUGGAGAUUCUGUAUUUUCGAUUCCUCUUCACAAACUUUUUUCUUUAAGUGUAGACUGAAUUAGCAGCCACCGACCGUCACUGUCAUGCAAACCACAGAGUUGCAUGAAAACUACUUAAUUAAAAUUAAAUGUCUGCACAGUAUGAAGACCUUAUGUGCCUUACCCUAGUUACCUCAGUGUCAACUAAAAUUGUUGUUUGGAAAAACGUGUUGUUAUGCAGCUGCCUCAGUCCUUUCAGCCUUUCAAGAACUACUAAUAUCUUUUGGUUUAGGUCAUAAGGUUUUGUCAACAGUGUGCACCUGAGUAGUAAUUGGAUUUAACACUGCAUUAGGAGUCAAAUCAGGUUAGUUUGAGUGAUGCUCAGAGUUAACAGCUUUUACUUAAAAUUUCAUGCCCAGGUAAUGCUUGGGUCUACUGCCAAGGAGCUAAAUACCAUCUGACGUGAGAAGCUCAAAGGCUGCUUUUGACAAACUUUGAUUGUGUGGACAAUUUUUCAUUUUUAUAAAAAUUGAUUCUUACGUGCACAGUACACUAUCACUUUAUGGACAACAUGCUUAAAAGCUCAACUUUUACCUUAGGUGAAAUAGAACAAUUUUAAUGCAGGGAGGAAAGUGAGAAACACAUGCGGUGCAGGCAACCUUAGUGGUCAUACUUCGCUCGCUGCUUUCAUCUGGCCAGACCAGUCCCCUCACCUCCCUCUGCUGGAUUAAAUUCCAUUCUUUAAUGCUGGAUGGCAAAAGAUUUGGCCUCUAAGUGCAUUGCAUCCCUCAGGUAAAUGGGAAGAUAUGGGGUGUCUUGCUUGAACAGUUCCCCGGUCUUCUCCAUUUUAAUGGAGUUGACAGCUAAACAAUAAAACAGAAGGCCAGGUGAGGGCCUUGAUACCUGUUUUGAGACUUUACACCAUCAAAGUAGUGACAUGUCUCUGCCUUUAAUACCCUGUAAUAAAGAUAUUGCUAAUUUGAUGAUUACCUCUGCUUCUCCUUCUAGUCCAGAUGAUUCUUAGGCCAAAUCUAGAACCUUGCUGAUGUAAUCAGUAGCUUAAUACAGUGUUACCUUUGGCUGUGUAUGUCAUUAACAUGGUCAUGUGUAGCUUUACAGUUGAAAUGUCGCCAUCUUGACGGUUUCCUGCAAAAGUAGAGGCUUAUUUGGUCAUCUGGAAAUAAAAUCGUCAAAAUUAAGAAAUAUAACCAGCUGUUCAUUGCCAGAAUAAAGGGAGAGUACUGAGUAGCACAGAAACGUCGCACUGUUUUGCCCUUUAUGUUUUCAGUGGUUUACCGUUACUGCUUGUGCAUUGUAGUACAUCCAGAGUUACAUGCCUCGAUUGCUUUCCACUAAGUACAUUAUGAGUUAUUAAGAAGUAACUGAAAUCGCAUCAGAUGCAGAUAAGGUGACUGAGAAGUAACUGACAGUUUCACAAGCAGAUGGUGUGCAGAUACAAAGCUGGAAAUGAUGCAGCUGCCUGUGACAUUGUACAUUUUCAAACUUUGAUCUCAUAAGAUGCCAGAUUGUGUGAAAGCUAUCCAGUUUGUUUCUUUUAAACAACCACCUGUGAUCGCUGAUCUAGUUUGCCACUGUUUCUAUAUAUGAUUAAAAUAUAUUUCACAAGGAAUGAAAUGCAGAAACAAAACAAAGUGAAAUAAUGUUCAUUGCUAGUGAAUUACACAUCUGGAGUCUGUAAUGUGCCGGAGUAAAGAUGUCCAGUUACUGGUGUGAAAAGACUUGAAUGAAUACUGUCUUCCACGACAGCUAAACUGUACCGUUAGUCCACAGAAAUGCAUGUGCACUUGUUUGAAUCAGGUCUUCAGGAAAACGAAAGACUUUCUGUGUUCAUUUGUUUACAUUUUUAUCAUAGGGAUCAGACACCUGAUGUAAGAUUUUUGUUGUUUUAAAUAUGAUCAUUCUAGAAUAAACUCAACUUUCAUUUUUCCUAGAAAGUAACUGUGAACGUUAGAACAUCAGAUGCAUAGUUGCCUCAGAACAGUUAUUCUGUAAUAUUAAACAAAAAAUUUUCUAUCCAGGACUGGAAGCUAAUGUUAAUUUAAAAAGCGAAGUAUAAAAUGAAGAUAGUUCUUUUGUUGUGUUAUUAGAAAGGGUUACUCUUUACCUACUGGCAGAUGGAAAGAUAUCUCUUGAUGGAAUAUAACCAUUAUCCUUAUUCAUUAUCCAGAUAAUUCUGCAUGGCAGCUUCGUCAAAAGCUGUUCAUAGCAAACAAAAAAGAUUUGUAAAUAUGUAAUGGGAUGUGCUGUCAAAGGAAGCUGUGGUAGAUCUACAUGCUGUUGUUUCCAGACCUCUACUGUUCUUUUAGAAGUAAAGGGCAUGAUUUAGAAUUCAAAGGCUGUGAAUACAGCAUUCUUUUUAUCCUAUUUUAGGGUGUUUUUCGUCUGUAAUUUAUAAUUCAAUUGUAAGAAGACUGUGAUUACAUAUUUGUUUAGUGGAGAUUGAAUAUAUUGGAUAUUUUAGGAGUGAUCCCCUGAAAAUAAGUAUGUUUGAUGUUUAUUUACAUAUUAUAAGAACAGUUUUAUUCUUUUUUUUAUAUAUUUUAUGCUGGCUUUUGCACACUUUCAUGACUUCUCAUCAAAUUUUUCUUUAACACACAACUGAACUAUCUCUUUGCUACAGGGAACAAAAUUCUGUUGCAUUGGGUACAGACGGUUCCUUGAUGACCAGAAGCAAUCCAUUUGACUGUUUUAACAUUUUUGUCAGUAGAUGUGUUCAUAGUGGAACUAGUUGGACAUUUUCUGGACUCUUUUAUAUUUGUUCGAGAGAAAAAUGUAUUAGCAUGCAGUCUAGCUGAAAAACAAAUUUAUCCUGCUCAAGUCUCAGUCUGUAUACAAAUGCAAAAAUAAAAAGUGAAUUGAUGUACAAACCCUGCCUAUUUUAAAUCAGGAUUUCUUCUCAUUUGUCACUGUGGCUACUCUAUUUUUUUUAAGUCUGAUCUUUCAGUGAGAUUGACCCAACAAUAGCUUCACACAACAGUAAUAGAGAAGUGAACUGGCAUUUAUAUGCACAUGCUACAAUGAGGUAUGGUGUACAAGUCUUCUUUGACAAAUAGAUUGAUUAUCACGAUCUUAAUAGAUUUUGUAGCAUUGAAAUCUUCAUAUUCAUAUUUUUCUAUAAAACAAUUGUUUUAGACUGUCCUCUUUGGUGUUGCAGACCUUAUUGCUGGGAUGCCUAGCUUUUGUCUUUUUUUUUGCACGUGUACACUUUGGUUCUGAAAUAAACUGUACAAUAAGUAUUGGUGACUGUGAUUAGUGACCAUAGCAUCUCUUGAGGUUUUUGUGCAAGUGGGUGGGGAUUAGAAAAUGUUUUGGAUGUUGUAUUUGAUCUGUAAAUCUGAUCAGGUGACAAAAACAAAAUUUUUUCCCGAAGAACUCUUCAGUGAGAUGAACUUUGGGUGCAGCUUCCUUUUUAUACAAGUCUGAGCUGGUUUUGUCCCACAAGCUUGUUUCUGUAAUUCAUCUACAGCUGUCCGCAUAGUUGCCACUCUGAAUUUAUAGGCUGCUGAAAUAAGUAACUGUAUUUUGUUAUUGUGUCUGGAGGACUGGCUGUCGUAACUGUUGCUGUUUCACAGGUCUUUUCCUCAAACUGUGAUGCAUUACUUUGGGGUUUUUUUCGUCUUUGUUCACCUUUGUGACAACAGCUUUUGCAUCUACCAGCUGAUGAAAUUGGCGAUACCUACCAUGGAUGCAGCUUAGCUGCAUUUGCUAGCGGGAAUGUUGGCAUUUUCCAGAAAACUUAUGGUUAUCAGACUGUAUCCCAAGUUAAAAAGAAAAACCAAAUUUAGAUACAAAAUAUUUUACUAAAAGACUUUUGUUCCUCAGCAAAGAAGGCUGCAGUGCUACAUGAAAGUGCUUUCUCUUGGCCAUGUCAAGAUGACGUUAGCGUGUCCUUGUGCGAUAUUUAACACAAGAAUGAACUGGACUAGCAUGGAAAUUUUUUUGUCCGUGGCAAUAGCAUGUUAAUAUAAAUGUGUGAAUAGUGAUCCAAGUGACUAUUUUUCUGGUUGCCAUGUCAUUGUGUGAAAUUGUUGAAUAAAUGGUUGGCUUGGUAUGAUU